AUGGCGGCCGUGGAGGUGGAGGAAGAGGCAGGGGUCGUGGAGGUGGAGGAAGAGGCAGGGGCCGUGGAGGUGGAGGAAGAGGCAGGGGUCGUGGAGGAAGAGGCAGGGGUCGUGGAGGUGGAGGAAGAGGCAGGGGUCGUGGAGGUGGAGGAAGAGGCAGGGGUCGUGGAGGAAGAGGCAGAGGUCGUGGAGGUGGAGGAAGAGGCAGGGGUCGUGGAGGUGGAGGAAGAGGCAGGGGUCGUGGAGGUGGAGGUGGAGGAAGAGGCAGGGGUCGUGGAGGUCAGGGCCAGAACUGGAACCAAGGUGGUGUUGGUGGUGUUGGUGGAUACAACAACUACUGGAACCAAGGCUACGGUAACCAGGGCUACGGCUAUGAUGGACAGCAAGGAUACAGCGGAUACGGAGGCUACGGCAACUACGACUACUCCGCUGGAUACGGCUAUGGGGGUGGCUAUGACUACAACCAGGGCAAUGCAGGCUAUGGGAAAACUCCAAGACGUGGAGGCCACCAGAGUAGCUACAAGCCAUACUGA